AGAACCAAACAAUCCGCUGGCUGGGUAGGAGGUCCUGUGAAGCUCCUGCUGGCCUCGUGUACUUCUAUAUUUUUUUCUCUUUGAAUUUUAUUUCCGAAACUCGCAGAAAUAAAAUCGUUUUGAGGAAUAUGUGCCUUUAAUCGAGAUAAAAGGAAAAUAUUAUCGUGUUCAUGAAUUGCUUAUCAUGAGGCUGAUGGUGGUGAGGACAGAGCCAAGACGCAGACGCAGGACUGAGGGCGCGCACGAUGCCCCUGAGACGCGCCUACAGGAACAGCUGAUCCUCCGGGAAACGAAUAGACGCCCAGUGUCCUCCUCGAAGUCUCCCCUCCUCCAGUAAUGGCGUCGGUCGUGCUCGAGCCUGUCGGGGAGAGGGUCAUGUCCCCCCUGCCCCCUGCCACCAUCGACGACGACCCCCCCGCCCCAUCGUGCCUCGCCCCCCUCCCCGACGACGAGGACGACGACGACGACGGCGGCGACGGGCGGGCCAAGGGCGACGACGCGCUCGACGCCCCGGACACGUGCGUGCUCACCUCCACCAUCAAGGAGGUGGAGACGCGCGCGCGGGCGGGGCUCGGCCAUCUCUCCGACUUCGACAGCGACGUCGACCUCCUGAGCGUGAUGAAGAAGAAGAAGGAGCCGCCGCCGCCGCCCGAGGACGAGAUGUUCGACGGCGAGGAGUGCGAGAGCACCGAGGACGAGGAGUUCACCGUGCACUUCGCCCACACCGGCAGGAAGACGUCGCCAGAGAUGACGCCCCAGCCAGAACUUCUCACGCAAAUUUCGGAGCUCCAGGAGGCGGUGGUGAGCAUGAAGGGCACGCUGACGGAGGCCGUGGCGCGUCUCAGCUCGGUGGUGGAGGACCCGUCGAUGUCCCGGGAGGUGCAGGAGACUCGGCAGCGGUGCGACGACAACACGGCUGAAGUCCUGAAGUUGGUGCUGUCUCUCAAGUCCGACAUCACGACCUUGCAGAAGGAGGUGGUGUCCAUCAGUGACCGCCAGGAGACGCUUCAGACGUCGGUGUCACAGCUGCUGGAGGAGCGCCGGCUGCUGGUGUCAGACCUGUCGCAGGCGGGGGUUAUCUCCCUUCACACCAGAUCCCGCCUGGAGUCCCGUGGUGUGAUAGCGGGCGAGGGCGGCGGCGGCGGCGGCGGCGGCAGCGCGGCUCGCUCCGGCUCCGGCACCCACAGCAACGACUCCGGCGUGGCACUGCUGCUGGAGCGCGCCCACCAGGCCUUCACGGCGGAUCACACGCCCUCGCCCACGCCUACCAACCAGAGGGCGUCGGAUCAGGAUUCUCUCCCGGACCAACCGUCUCUGCUGGUCCCGCCUUCGGUCUACGAUUACGUGGCGGGACUUCGGUCUCACGGUCUCCACGCCGCCCCCUCACACCCCUCGACGCCUCAGGCCGACGCUACUAAUAACAGGCAAAGCGUGAACGUGGCCGUGGGCGGAGACAGCGAGGACCUCGGCCUCGUCUACGACUCUGACUCGUCCCUCACCAUCGCCGCCAACAAGACCAUCAGCCUCAGCGCCUCCCUCAGUCAGCAGUGCGGCCUGGAGCUGCGGACGGCCCACACCGGCCCCCCGACGCACCACCACCACGGCCACCCGGGGAGCGCCGACCACGAGCACCACCACCAUCACCGCCUCCGCCAGGCGAGCCAUGACAGGAGCCACCUGCGCUCGGAUUCUGACGGCUCGGACCAGUCGCGCGACGCCAAGCACAGGCAUCGGCGGCGCUCGUCGCACGACCGCGAGCGGGAGAGCAGCGACCCUUACGGCGUGGUAGGAACUCACGGCCGCUCGUCCUACGCGGACAGCCGGGAUCCUCGUGAAAGCCAGCGGUACAGAGUGGCUCGGGAACUGCUCGACACGGAGAAGAAAUACUGCAAGACUCUGUGGACGAUUCAAGACACGUUCGCGGAGCCCCUGAAGAAGGCGGGGAUUUUGUCUCAUAAGGAUAUCACCACUCUGUUCCCGGAAGAGGUGUACCAGCUGUACGACAAACACUGCCUCCUGCAACACCAGCUGCGGGAGCGUCUGGCCUCUUGGAAGUGGCAGCCGCUGGUGGGGGACGUCGUGGCCCGCUUCACCGACCCGCGCCACACCGACGUCCUGCGACUCUACACCGCCUACGUCAACGACUUCCCGGAGGUCCUCAAGACGUUCCACAAGCUGUGUCGCACGUCGCAGCCUUUCACCAAGUUCAUUAAGUCCUGUCUAGAGCAGCCAGCAUGCGGCGGGCUGGACCUGGGCGCCUUCCUGCUGACGCCCGUGCAGCGCGUCCCUCGGUACAUCCUCCUGAUGAAGCAGCUCCUGAAGUACACGGAGCCGCAGCACCCGGACUACCAGCACCUGCACGCCUGCCUGGAGCGCCUGAGGGACUUCCUGGCGCGCCUCAACGACUCCAUGGAGCACUCCUUCCAGCUGGUGCACGCCCAGCUCUCCCCCCACGGCACCGUCCCCGGGCCCUCGCACCACCACCCCCCUCCCCCGCAGCCUCCCACGUCGCAUCACAGGCCGGGCCGCUCGCCUCGACGUUCCAGCUCGUCCAUAGGCAGCCCGCCCGUGAGCCCCGGGUCGCCCGCCUACAGCCCGGACCGGGUGAGUUUGGGCUGCAGUCCUCACAGGUCGCCGGAGGAUCGACGUCGCUCUCCCGGGAGCUCGACGAGCCUCGCCACUCCACAGCGGUCCCACAGCAUCGCCACGCAGCCCUCCUGCCGUCCGCGCUCGGUGUUCCUGGACAACAGGUCUUCGUCGCUGCCCCGAGGCUCCGCCAGCUCCAGCAGCGGGUCGAGGGGCAGCGCCGCCUCGCCCAGCUCGGACGCGCCCCGGACGAGGUCCCGGAGCGAGAGCGUAGCUUCUCGGCGCCCGCUGCCAUCCACACAUACCCACACGCCCCUGCAGUCUCUAGUCACCCAGGAAGGGCCUCGCACACUGGCGCCCGCGCACUCCGUGGUGGACGUGACGGCGUCGCUUAGUCCUCCCCGCGACGCCCGCUGGGAGGAGCUGGCCGCCAGCGAGCCCUCCCUCUUAGACUCUCGGCCCUCGCAGGAGACGUCCAGGAACCCUAACUCGUCGCUGUCGGCUGCACACAGCGUGGCCAGUGUGGACGGGCAGCAGAAGGUCAGCACGCCUGUGUGGACAGAGUCGUCCCACUCGGAUGACCCGCGGAGCAAGAAAAAGUCAUCCAUCCGCACGUCUCUCAAGAACAUGUUCACCUUCAAGAAGAGCCGGGUGCCUCGAGCCUUUCACCACCACCACCACCACCACCACAGCUACCACCACCACCACCUGCAGCCACUCAGGGGGGCCUCCCGUGGGCGUGAUGAGGGGGGAGAGUACUGGGAAGCUCCGCCCAUAGACUCGUCCCCAAGUGCCACCCAGUCGCCCACGCUCACGGUCGUCUCCGUCGCCCAGCCCACGACCCUCACCGUUGUGCCUGCGUCCGCCCAGCCGCCCACGCUGUCUAUGGUGGGCGAUUUCGUGGACGAGGAGGGCAACCCAUGCUCCAACGUGUGAUUUUUUUUCCGUGUGUGGGCUUGUUCGUCAUGAUCUGAUUAUACGUGUGUUAUAUUACAUUGUAUAUAUGUGUGUGUAUGUAUAUUUGUAUGUAUGUAUGUAGUUACGUACACACAUAAGUAAUAUUUAUGUAUAUGGACUUGUUAGCCCUUUAUCCCGUUUUUCAUGUAUAUUGAUCUGUAUGAAGAGAAACAACUAAACACAUGUAUAAUUAUUAUAGUAUAUAAGUAAUGUAUACUCCAAACAUUACAGUUAUAAGUGAGCAAAAGACGUAUUAAAACAUGAUAAACGGGGAAAAGAUAAAAGGAAAAAAUAUGUCACAUUGCUUUUCCUGGUUAGCGAUGUGUUUUCCAUAUACACGAAGGUGCAAAAGGACACGUUUUUUUUUUUUAGCAGCAAGUAACCGGUGGCUGUUGAACAAAAAUGGAAAAAAAAGACUAAGUUAUGAAGAAAUUGUGAGUGUGAGCUUAUUUCUCGAACAGUGAUUGUUGAACUAUGAGGAAGCUGCAGUUUUUUUCGAGU